CCAUAGAGACGGAGAGACUGCACACGCGGUACUAGAGCGGCGCCUUCUUGGUGCCGGGCUCAGGAGCGGAGGGGACUCUGCGAGUUUAUCCUCUGGUCCUCAGGGCUGUGACAGAAACCGUGGCCGUUUCUCGUUCUGUCGAUGUGGAGGAUGAAGUGGCCAAGUCAUAAUAGAAGCUACUCGUAAUGGCCAACUCUCGUUUUUAAGGAUCUGAAUAUUUUAUUUUAUUUGAGAGGGAGACAGAAAAGGGCGGGGGGCGGGAGCGGAGGAGAGAUCGCACAUCGGCCGAUCCACUCUCCAAAUUCCUGCAACAGCUGCGGCUGGGCCAGGGACUGCGUCCAGGUCUCCCUCGUGAGUGAGAGAGACCCAACUACUUGAGACUCCACGAGUAGUCCCCAGGGUGCGCAGUCGUAGGCAGUCGUGCGGCAUCCGGAGACUUUACCACUAGGUCUGAUGCCCGCCCCUAGAGUUUCAGAAGAGUUAUUAUGAUCUUACUUCAGCAACAAACUGGAAGUUAGUGUGGGUAUCCCAGCAACAAAGAAGAGUGUGGCUAGUUAAAAUACUGAUUUAUCAGCAAUCUGUAGGUCUACACAGUUACAGCUAGACAAUCUCAUCGAAGGGAAGAGAAAAAUCUGAAGGAAGAAUGUCCACUGGAGAGAGUGCACAGGAAGCACGCAGCUUUAGGUCUGAGGUGUUCGGUAACGGAAACAGUGAUGCCUGUGCAAACUGAAUGCGAGGCUCGCAAACCUCCUCUUCGUCAUCGCGUCCUGCCUCUCUUGCUGUGGCUCCCUCUCAGCCCUGACUCUGUCUCCUCCUCUCCUUCCUGUGGCCACUGCAAGACUCACACUGCACCCAGGACCCGUGCUCCUGCCCCUGGAUCUUCUGAGGGGCUCCACAAGGUGGCAGUGCUGGCCACAAUGCUGUCUGGCCGGUGGUGGCCAAGUACCUGGGGCAGCCUAGGGCUGGGGCCCCGAAGCUCUUCCCAGAGGUCCCAGCUCUGUGCCCUCUAUGCCUUUACUUACACUGGGGCAGAUGGCCGGCAGGUGUCUCUGGCUGAAGGGGACAGGUUCCUACUACUUCGAAAGACCAACUCGGACUGGUGGCUGGCCAGGCGCCUGGGAGCACCCGCCACUUCCAGACCCGUCUUUGUGCCAGCUGCCUAUGUGACAGAGGAACCCAUGCCUUCCAGGAGCCCAACUACCACUACCCCCAGCCAAUCCCUCUGGACUCCUGGUGGGCCGAAGUUGUUUGGUGGCUCCCUGGAGGAAUUGCAGCUGUCCCAGGCAUCCCCAAGCACAGCCCAGGCAUCUGAGCAGCCUCCUCCCCUUCCCCCCAAAAUGUAUAGAAGUGUCAGUGUUGCCAAUUUGAGGUCCAGGCCCGGGAAGCCCUUCCAGGAAGGAUCCAGAGGAAGAUCUUUCUCCCAGGAAGACUUGCUGACCACGGCCAAGGCCAGCACGGCAGGACCCCAGCCCCUCAUGUCAGAGCCCCCUGUGUACUGUAACCUGGUGGCGCUCCGCCGCUGUCCCCGGUCCCCGCCGCCAGGCCCCGCUUGUGCCCCGCUGCAGAGACUGGAUGUCUGGGAGCAGCACCUGGACCCCGACUCCGGACGCUGCUUCUACGUAAACUCGCAGACCGGCUGCAAGUCCUGGAAGCCCCCUCGCCGCCGGCGCCCGCCAGAGACGAAUCCUGGCUCCAUGGAGGGGACGGAGCCCCUGAAUAGAGAAAACGGGGUCCUGCAACCUGAGGCAAAGGGCACGGGAUCUGACACGGGGACCCCAGAACUGCUUGAUCCACAGCGCACCUCCCGGCUCCAGCAGCCUCCGGCCUCACAGACCCCUCGACCUAUGCCGCAGCUCCUGGAGGACCCCCACGAGGUGGAAAAAUCAGGCCUACUCAACAUGACCAAGAUUGCCCAGGGCGGGCGCAAGCUCAGGAAGAACUGGGGACAGUCUUGGGUGGUGUUAGCGGGCAACAGCCUAGUGUUCUACCGAGAGCCACCGCCGACUGCGCCCUCCGCGGGCUGGGGGCCAGCGGGCAGCCGGCCCGAAAGCAGUGUCGACCUGCGCGGGGCGGCCCUGGCGCACGGCCGCCACCUGUCCAGCCGCCGCAACGUCCUGCACAUCCGCACUGUCCCUGGCCACGAGUUCUUGCUGCAGUCGGACCACGAGAGCGAGCUGCGCGCCUGGCACCGCGCUCUGCGUGCCGUCAUCGAGCGGCUGGAUCGGGAGAAUCCCCUGGAGCUGCGUCUGUCCGGCUCGGGCCCGGCGGAGCUGGGGGAGCUGAGCGCCGGGGAGGACGACGAAGAGGAGUCGGAGCCGGUGUCCAAGCCGCUGCUGCGCCUCAGCGGUCGCCGGAGCUCCAGUCGGUGUCCUGAAGGCGCUGAGCAGAACCGAGUGCGCAACAAGCUAAAGCGGCUCAUCGCCAAGAGACCGCCUUUGCAAAGCCUGCAGGAGCGGGGACUGCUUCGAGACCAGGUGUUCGGCUGCCAGCUGGAGUCACUGUGCCAGCGGGAAGGGGACACUGUACCCAGCUUUGUGCGGCUCUGCAUUGCUGCUGUGGAUAAAAGAGGUCUGGAUGUGGAUGGCAUCUACCGGGUGAGCGGGAACUUGGCAGUAGUCCAGAAACUCCGCUUCCUGGUGGACAGAGAGCGGGCCAUCACCUCCGACGGGAGGUACGUGUUCCCAGAACAGCCAGGACAAGAAGGGCGAUUGGAUUUGGACAGUGCUGAGUGGGAAGACAUCCAUGUGGUCACCGGAGCUCUCAAGCUCUUCCUCCGGGAGCUGCCCCAGCCUUUGGUGCCCCCCACGCUGCUGCCCCAUUUCCGUGCUGCCCUUGCACUCUCCGAAUCAGAGCAGCGCCUCUCUCAAAUACAAGAAUUAAUAGGCUCAAUGCCGAAGCCCAACCAUGAUACUCUGCGGUACCUCCUGGAGCAUUUAUGCAGGGUGAUAGCACACUCGGAUAAGAACCGCAUGACCCCCCACAACCUGGGAAUUGUGUUUGGACCCACCCUGUUUCGGCCGGAGCAGGAGACAUCGGAUCCAGCAGCCCACGCCCUCUAUCCGGGGCAGGUAGUGCAGCUGAUGCUCACCGACUUCGCCAGCCUCUUCCCUUGACCAGGCAAGGAAGGGAGCAGCUGUCCUUCGGUCACCCUUUGGUGGUGGCGGCAGGGUGUUCUGAGAUCAUUGCUUCGAAUCCUGUUUCCUGAAUGACUAUUUGAGAGGAGAAGCUGGGAAGGGGUGAGGGAGCUGCACGGCAGGGCCUGGGAGAGCCAGCCACACCUCUUGUUCCCUGUGCCACCUUCCCCGAGAUAACACAUAAAGCAGCACAGAGCGGCA